UUUUGUUUUCCGAUCACUUAAUCUUAAUCUUCUCAACACAUACACACACAUCCUCCACCUACCUUUCUUCUUGACAACCAACCCAUAAAAGCCGAAAACAUGUCGCUUAUCACUAAAGGAAGUAUUGUAUGCCGUGCAGGACCAUCUUCAAUGGUAAGGGCAAUUCCUGCCAUCAGAAGUGGCGCAAAGACCAUAAACCCUGCUAGGAAUGCAUCAACAUCAACAGCUUUUCGUCCAACACAAAUCCGAAUGGCACCCGCACCAGAAGCAAUGGCGGCAACAUCAUUUUCCUCAAUGCCUUCUGAUGGACCACAACCUGGCAAGCCUCGUAUUCGAACUUUAUUCUAUGGUUUGAUAGCUUUGGCAAUCGCAGCAACAGGUGCGGGCUUGUAUACAUUCUAUGGAUCUUUCACUACAUGGCCAAAAGAAGUUCGUGAUGAUUUACGAGCAGGCUUAAAAGCACAAAGGAAUGGUGAUUGGGCAAAGGCAGAAGCGCGAUUCCGUAAAGCGUUAGAGACAGCAACUACUUUACCACAUGACAAGCUUGGCGAUGAUGCAUUGUUGAAAUUGUCGGGUAUUAGUAUCUCACUUGGAUCAGUGUUGGAAGAAGCAGGUCAUUUGAGAAAAGCUUAUGAUGUUUAUUUGGAAGCACUACAGAAUGUCAUUCAACAAGGAAAAUCACCCGCCGAACGUAUGCGAGCUGUGGCGCUCUCACAAAAGUGUGGCGAUUUGGCAAACAUUCGUGAAGUGAGAGAUUCUUUUAGUUUGGGCGGUGCAUCACAAUCCAAAGCAGAGGAACAUUUGAGAUGGAGUGUUGAAGAGCUCUUGCGACUUGCUGUGCCUGAUGAAACCCGUCAAAGUAUCGUUCAGGGUAAUACGGGUGCAAUCUAUGUUUCAGAUCUGGAUCUGCCACCAUGGCUCACCGACACUACUCUAGGCGCUUCAUUGGAAUCUCUUGGACAAUUUUAUGCUGCUCAAGGAAGAUCGUCGUAUGCGAUUCCACUCUACCUCCAAGCCAUUAACGUGCUGAUGCCGGGCGAUAAAGACAAGAGAAAGCAUAAUCCCACAGUCGCAGAAAGAUGUAGAGCAGGUAUUCUGAUGAACAAUGUCGCUCAAUUGUUGGUCGAUUCAGAAGAAGCAAACGCACAACCCAAAACAGAAGAAGCAACACAAUGGGCCAUGCGUGGACUGGAUAUCGUUCAAUUCGCUUUACGUGGAACCGGAUGGGACGGUAAAGGAAGCCAAGGAUUCAAGAACGUUGAAGGCGGUGAUGAUCGAAGGAUGAACGAAGUUAAAGGUCAAUGUUGGACCGCUCAAGUUGCACUCCUCAUCAACCUUGGUGAACUUUCACGUUUACGCAAAGAUGAUUGUAAAGCAAGGGAAUUCUUUCAACGUGCUUAUCAACAAGCGGAUACCUAUGGAAUGCGUGAAGCUCGAUCGAGAUGUGCACAAGCGUUGAGUGAACUUGAACGAACAAAGUCGUCUGCGUGAAAACUAUAUAAUUACAGUAAUGGUACAAAGUAUACAAUAGAACCUGUAAUGUAACACCUCUUUAAUGCUUACGAGCGAUGUAUAAGAAGUAGUGGAAUGCAUCUCCUAACGUGCG